UUUUUAUCGUUUCUCCCUCUUCUUGACAUGUAGCUACCCGCUUUAUCAGAAACGUUUGUUAAAUAAAUCAUAUCUGCUGUUUCCGUGACACUCCUCGGGUUCUGUAAACCCAGUUUUUUCUUGAAUCCAAUAUCCCAAAUAUGUUAAUUCAAUAAUUAGCCGUUGAUAGUGAUAAUAAUAGACUAAUAACAGUAGUAUUAGAUUUUUAUUUAACCAGGCAAGUCAGUUAAGAACAAAUGGCCGUGUUUACAAUGACGGCCUACACCGGCCAAUCCUGGACGACGCUGCGCCGCCCAAUGACUGCCGGUUGUGAUACAGCCUGGAAUCGAACCAGCACUGAGAUGCAGUGUCUUAGACCACUGCGCCACUUGGGAGCCAAUAAGGACAUAACUUCAACAGGCCUCAUUUUAAUUACCAUCAUUUAGGCAAUGCUAAUAAUUGUAUUAGAAUGUAAUUUGGUUAUUUUGGAUUGUGAUAACGUAUACGAUAUGAAACAUAUUGUUGGCGCAAUUUAAUUUAAUAUUGAGUUCGUUCAAUGUUGCUCCAUAGGCGCUCCUGGGGUUAACCCAGGGGCUGAGGUAACAUCCGCAUCAACAGCUUGCCAUUCACUCAAUCAUUAUAACCAUCGCUCCCUACAGCACUAAUGAAUACGUUCCAUCUGGUGUUUCUAGCAACCUUUGGGUCCAUAGCCCGUGCUGAACUAUUUACGGCAAUGGCCUCUCUCAAUGGCCUACACAGCACUAACGAUUAUUGCGCUCCAUAUCGAGCCCUUAAAUGCUUUUUAAUUGCAAACCUGUUUGUGAAUCACUGGAUUUGGUUUCGUGUGUCCGCAAAGGGUUCAGCAACGCCGCAUUACCUUUCACUGAAAACCAUUACGCAUAUUUCAAUGCCAUAGAUAGGGGGUCUAAAUGGCGUUUUACUCAGUCACGCUUCAUAAACUCCGUGUAGCGGGGAUUAGACGCGGAUUAACAGUUUCCUUCCUUUUUCAAACGACGAGCAAGUAUAAACACCUUUAAGCGACAUUACAUGGACUGAUUUGUAUGGAAUUGGUUUACUUGAACUUUAUAGCAGGUGCUGAGUGCCCCAUUAAAUAUACUGGUGUAAGUGCUCUUGAAGAAGUCAGUGCUGCCAUAUUCGUUUCUGUGUGUGUUUGACUGGCAUUUGUUCUAUUUCUUCUGUCAGAAGCAUGGUUAUUGAUGGCAUGCAGGGUCAGUUGAAAUAAAUGAUAGUGCUUUAUAACAUUACAGUUAUAACAUCGUAAUAAAUUGGACCGUUUAAGUAAUGGGCCUUAACUGCUGCCUUGCCCCCAGUUGAGGUCCUGGAGAUACGUGUAUUUCCACGCGCGCUAAUUGAGUUCUGUUCCUCACUCCAUGAUAAUUGGUUUACACCCUGGCUCUCCUAUUUUCUUUCCACGAGGAGUGUUGUUUAAUGGAGUGAGCACCUAAUGACCAGCAAACACAGAGGGAACGUGGCAGCGGGAGACACGAGCUCUGAUGCUGUUUGUUAUUACCAGUAACCAGAGGAGAUCCGUUAAAUUGUGUUAAAUGAGCCAUUUGGGAUGGAUUUUAAAAGUCGCAGGUUCGGAAAUUUUUGACAGAACACUAAAUGGUAUCCAACUAGGAGAGUGUUAAGUUAGGACGUGGUCUUUGAUCCCUCUCACAUUGUCAAGUUUCCAAGACAACCACCUCCCAAUCUAAGUUGCUUAUCACCAGGGUCAGUCGAUGCGAGUAGGCCUAUCACAUCUGGCUAUCGAUUUCCCCCUCUAUCAAUCGCAUAUUGAUAAGAGAACUACGCUCAUAUAGGCUACACUGAGUGUACAACAUAUUUGCCCCCAGAACAACCUCAAUUCUUCGGGGCAUGGACUCUACAAGGUGUCGAAAGCGUUCCUCAGGGCUGCUGGCCCAUGUUGACUCCAAUGCUUCCCACAGUUGUGUCAAGUUGGCUGGAUAUCCUUUGGGUGGUGGACCAUUAUUGAUACACACGGAAAAUGUUGAGCGUGAAAACCCCAGCAGCGUUGCAGUUCUUGACUCACUCAAACUGAUGCACCCUCUGAAUGGCAGAUAUACAUUUUAAUUUGUAGUCUUACACAGAGCGACUUACAGGAACAAGUAGGGUUAAGUGCCUUGUUCAAGGGCACAUCGACAGAUUUUCCACCUAGUCAGCUCGGGGAUUCGAACAAGCAACAGUUUGGUUACUUUAACCUGUCUCCUCCCCUUCAUCUACACUGAUUGAAGUGGAUUUAAGAGGCGACAUCAAUAAGGGAGCAUAGCUUUCACUUGGAUUCACCUGGUCAGUCUAUGUCAUGGAAAGAACAUGUGUUCCUAAUGUUUUGUACACCCAGUGUAACUGUUCAAUGGCUGACAUUGUUCGACGGCAGUGACAUCCACAUACAGGCACGGAACUCCCAUCGUUUCUUCUUCUUUCCCACCAACAAAGCCAAAGCAAGCCGUGAAGAUGCUGACAUUCUGAAGACACGUUCUGUUUGCGUUUCUCACCGUGAUUGGUCUCGCAGGCCACAAUCUCUCUGAUACGGUGUUCGGUGGCAUUAACCCCUGUCUGCGCGCAGAGAUAUGACCCGCGGAUUCCCCCGUUCACCUGUCCAUCGCUGCAUAAGGACCACCCCGCGGCAGGUGGGUCUCAGAUACCCGCGUCAAACAGUGCAGUGUUUGCCGAGGGCAUUGAUUUGCGCACGGUAAAUUCUGUUCAAUCAUUAUCGGACUGCGGGUCAGAGAAUACAGACACAAAUAUAAACUAAGUCGCGAACUUUUCCGUUUUGUGUAAACAGUGAGACCAAUGGCUUAGGUGCAACAGGGUCACAUGAUAAUGACACACCUGUCCAGGGCCUAUAGCGGCGCCAGGCGCACGAGCAGCACAGGUAGAGCAGAGCACAAUAUUCCACGCUGCGUAGGCUAUAGGGCGCAGGUACGUGUGCACACACACCCGUUGGAUAGCCCUGGCCCUCGGCAGUCAUGAAUCGAGAAGAUCACUACUAUUCUCCCGCGCAGCUGUUCAAGAACUCCUGCGCCUACCAGAGUCCACACAGCGAGGACUACAGCCACAGCCCUCCGCCCUGCCUCUACAUGGCCCGGCAGGCUCAGUCCGUCUACUCCUCGCCCUCCAUCGGAGGGCUAGACCAGGCGAGUCUCCCUGACAUUGCUCCUUACAGUAUUCCCAUGCGAGAGGACCCGGGUGUGCCGCAGCUCCACCACCCCCAGGCGCCCCAGCAGACUCUCCAGCCAGGGGGUUACGAAUAUCCGGGGGGGUUGGCUCUGUGUGCCGAUAGGAACAAAUAUCACCUGCCUUUCCCCUGGAUGAAAACAACCAAGUCUCACGCGCACACCUGGAAGGGACAGUGGGCAGGACCCUACAUGGUGGAGGCGGAGGAGAACAAGCGGACAAGGACGGCCUAUACGCGAGCACAGCUCCUGGAGCUGGAGAAGGAGUUCCUGUUCAACAAGUACAUCAGCAGGCCGCGGCGUGUCGAGCUGGCCCUCACCCUCAGCCUCACAGAGAGACACAUCAAGAUCUGGUUCCAGAACCGACGAAUGAAGUGGAAAAAGGAGGAGGACAAGAAGAGAGUGAGGGGGGUCGACCCCGAGCAGGACUCGUCCAUUACGUCAGGAGACUUGAAGGAUGAGGCAGGGGUGGGAGUCGGGGGGGCAGGACAUCCCACCACCACGACACCCCCCUCACCCUUAAACGCCCACUCCAUGUUAGGUUCUAGAGACUCGGCCUAGCAGGGCUGAUAUGGUUGGAUGAAAACUGGACAGACACUGAGGAAAGGUGACGCUCUUAGACUGCGUUAAGACAGGCAGCCGAAUUCUGAUAUUUUUUCACUAAUUGGUCUUUUGAUCAAUCAGAUCAGCUCUGAAAAAGAUCUGAUGUUAUUGGUCAAAAGACCAAUUAGUGGAAAAAAGAUCCGAAUUCGGCUGCCUGUGUGAUCGCAGCCUCAGUCAAACAGACUCGGUUGGUAUUAUUCAUGUGCAUUAUCCGCGGUGUCAGAUUGAAGAGAGGUGAAAGGCGAGGACUGCAGGUUCAUUGUCUGCAAUAUCAUCAUUCUGCGACUGAACUCUAACCUCAUGUUGUCGUGCUGAGGACAUGCGGGUCAUGCACUGACGAUGACAGUUGGCAUUUGACAUACGUGUACAGACCCACUGCUCUGGUCUGCAGCCUCUAGUUGCGUUGCCAGAAGAGGGCAGCACCCAUUGCCUGGAGAGACAGUUGAGAUACAGACCACACAACUCGGUUGAGAGCUACGUCCGGCAUCUAGCCUACUUUGAUUGCUUUACUAAAAUCAAUGCACUUCAGAUACUUUCUCUGAAAAUGUUGGCAGUAUACAACCAAGUUUAGUUUAUGUAUGUAAAUAUAUGCAGUCUAUGCACGGGACAUGAUUCUGUCAAUAUUGACAAUACUGAUGUAUUUUCUGAUAAAUUGUUAUAUGACAAAAAUGAGUCAAUCACACCAAUUAUAUAGCCUAUUUAUGUGCUUAAUGUUAUCACAUCGUUGAUGUCUUAAUGAUGGGCACUGUGAAUCAUGUACUGUAUUUUUAAUUCUUUAUUAAACUAUAAAGUUCAAGUUUGAAAUCAGAAUAAAGUCAAAUGAAACAUCU